UGCUUAGUCCAGGUUCCCACUGGGGCAAAGGGCAGUUUCUGAGUCUGGCUGUAAUUGUGCCAGGCAACCGGAACUCGGCUGCCCUUAGUAAAGAUGGCGGUACAAACGGCGUCAUUGCUUGUCAUGCUGUGGCAUCGACGCCCUCGCUCAACAUGGCGGCCUUUUGUGCCCGCCCCCUCGGCUAACGCGGGGGUUUGUGGGUCAGAAUAUUCAGUAGACGAUGGCAGGAGCGAUGGCGGCAGGAAUGGUGGCUUCUCGCAGACUCCGCGACUUGCUGACCCGGCGACUGACAGCCUCCAACCACCCGGGCCUCGGUAUUAGCCUUCGCCUCACUGGCUCCUCUGCACAACAGGAGGCCUCCGGAGUAGCCCACGGUGAAGCCCCAGACCACAGUUAUGAGUCCCUUCGUGUGACAUCUGUACAGAAACAUGUUCUGCAUGUUCAGCUCAAUCGGCCCAACAAGAGGAAUGCCAUGAACAGGGCUUUCUGGAGAGAGAUGGUAGAGUGCUUCAACAAGAUUUCAAGAGACGCUGACUGUCGGGCAGUGGUGAUCUCUGGUGCAGGAAAAAUGUUCACUGCAGAGUCUCACUCUAUCGCCCAGGCUGGAAUACAGUGGCGCGAUCUCGGCUUACUUCAACCUCUGCCGCCCGGGUUCAAGCAGUUCUCCUGCCUCAGCCUCCCGAGUAGCUGGAAUUACAGCUACUUCAGACUUUCCAGUUCCAGGAACUCAUCUGGAGUGUACGUGCAGGUUAAAGAGAUUACCAUGGCAUAGUCCAUGGUGCAGUCAGUCAGCCUAAGAGACCUUAAACAGCGAUCUUGGCUCACUGCAACCUCUGCCUCGUGGAUUCAAGUGAUUCUUCUGCCUCAGCCUCCCAAGUAGCUGGGAUUACAGGUGCCCGGGAGCAUGCCCCACUAAAUUUUCUAUUUUUGGUA